UGGCAUUUUGACAGCUCCGGUCCUCGACAAAAAAAAAGUUUGCGUGAUGCGAACAAAAACACGGCACCUGUGUGUUAUCAGUUUUGGGUGAAAUCCGUGAAAAGUUUCACUUUCGGAAGAUAAAUUUAUUGUUGUAAUACGCUGUAACUAUCCGCCAGUCGGCAAAACCACCCACAGCACCCGCAACGGUAAUCGAUGAUUCACGCUGGCGUAAGAAAAUUAUGCUAAAUCGGCCACCACCCCAACCAUCAUGAACCAUCCGAAGCAGCUGUACUUGGGCGAGCGGUUCGACGAUUUGGAGAAGCUGUACAUGAAGCUGCCGCCCGACAUAAAGGACCGGGAGAUCGAUAUUAUCUGCCGGUCGGCCCGGAAGCUGAUGGAGCAGUGCGAUGAGAACUACAUCAAGCGGGACGAGGAGCUGGCGUACGUGGGCUACAUGAAGCUGAUCAACCUGGUGCAGGUCAUACGGAAGAACAAGGACUAUGCGCGUAAGAAGGAAGCGAUCACGCGGCUGCUGGGCACGCAGUCCGACUUUAAUCGCAUCUUCGAGAAGUUGAGCAAGCUAAAAAACAGCCUGGAGGCCCGGUACGAGGAGCGUGCCCGGCAGAGGGGUGGAUCCGCGACCCUAUCCCGGGCGGUAGAACUGGAGCGGGCCAGCAACGGAAGGCAACCGGUGUUGGGAAAGGAGGCGCCGAUGGUUGUGCCGAUCGCUUCCGGGCAAAGGCAAUCCGUCACCGCCACGGAACUGCACGCCAUGAUAAACGAUAGCCGGGUCAGCAUGCUGAUCAUGGACUGCCGUCCGGCGAAGGACUACGAAGCGUCGCACCUGCGGUACGCCUAUCUCGUGAACGUGCCGGAGCAUCUGCUCGUGGCCGGUAUGACGGCGGGCAAGAUAAAUCACGCUCUGCCGCCGGAAUCGCGCACGCUCUGGUCGAACCGGAUGGUGAAGGAGCAGGUCGUACUGAUGGACUGGAACACGUCCGGCGUACCGGUGAAGGAUACACCGCUGUACAUCUUGAACUACACGCUUUGUCAUUACGAUCAGGACAUUGAGGACACGAAAAUCAUUCGACUGGAUGGUGGAUACGAAAGCUUCGUGCUGCACUACCCGGCCAGCUGUACGAAUCCUUCCUAUCGGCCACCGACGGUGUUGGACGCCAUGGGUGAUAAUAUAGACGAUAUUGAAUAUCCCAACAUUAGCGAUAUACCGAUGAAGGAGGAAAGCUUCACCAAGCCCGGCUUUAAGCCAACGAUCGAUCGUAACAGCAAGGUGGCGGCAGUCACCCUGUACGAGGCGCGCAAAAAACCGCUGGAAGACAUACUAGUCGAGCACGAGCAGAUACUGGACAAAUCGAAGCAGAAUGCGCUGGAAAUUAUCAACACGGAAACGGAGCUGAAGAACCUGGAGCAGCAGCAACCGCUCGAGCCGGGGCUGGACGAAACGCAAGAAUCGCUCCUGUACGAAGUGAUGCAGCUAAAGGACCGGCAGCGCGAUUACGAAGCAGAGAAAGCACGCAUUCUGGAGGAGGAGCAAAGCUACAAGCAGCUGGAGCAGGAGCAGAAGGAACGGGGUGAACAAAUUUCCUCCGAGCAGGCGGAGCAGCUCGAGCGGGAAGCGUACGAACGCCGACUACGCGACAAGGAGCGGGAACAGCGCGAGCUGGAGGAGAAAUGCCAACGGUUGGCGCGCGAGCGUGAAACGAAGCUUGCGCUGGCCCGUGAACAGAAGCGGCAUCUUAAGGAGAACAACGUGCCCGAGCCGGUAAAGCGGGCUUACCCGGAAGACGACCAGCGGUCCGGCCCGUACGCCGGCAAUGCGACGCCCGCCCGGAUGCCCCUGUUUGACCGGUCCGCGAAACCGCUGGCGGAUCAUAAUCACAACGUGCGUACGCGCGAUCUGGACGUGGUGCAGCGCGACUUUGCCCCAGUGUACGGGAGUGUGGGACGCGGUCUGACCGGGUUGAAGAAUUUAGGUAACACCUGCUACAUGAACAGCAUACUGCAGUGCCUCAGCAAUACGCACUUUCUCAACGAAUUCUUCCACGAUCCGUCGUUCAAGAUGCACCUCAACCGCAACAACAAAACGCAGGGCAAGAUUGGGGAAGAGGUGGCCGCCGUCAUCAAGGCACUGUGGACGGGGCAGUACAAGUGUAUUGCAAGCAAAAAUUUGCGGUACGUCGUUGGACAGUACGAGCGCCAGUUCGGGGGCAUCGAGCAGCAGGAUUCGCACGAGUUUCUUACCAUCCUCAUGGAUUGGCUACAUUCCGAUCUGCAGACGAAACAGAUGCAGAUAUCGACCAGCCUCGAUCAGCUGCCCCCGUCGGAAAAGGCAUGGAUAGAGCAUUUCAAGGGCAAGGACAGCUACAUCUCGGAGCUGUUCUACGGGCAGAUCAAAAGUACGGUCAAGUGCACCCGGUGCCACAAGGAAAGUGCCACCUACGAAUCGUUCUCGAAUCUCAGCCUGGAGCUGCCGCAAGAUUCAAACAUCUGCUACCUGGAGAAUUGCCUCGACAUGUACUUCAACGGCGAGGAGGUGCGCGGCUGGCACUGUCCAAAGUGUAAGAGCAAUCAGGACGCGAUCAAAAAGCUGGACAUCUCCCGGCUACCGUCGAUACUGGUGGUGCACUUCAAGCGCUUCUACGCCGACCCGGACACGAUGGCGACGGUGUACCGGAAGAAGCAAACGCUCGUCAAGUUUCCGCUCAGCGAGCUGAACAUGACGCGCUACCUGGCCCGCACCGAGGUGAACCGGAACAAGCGGCUCACCACGUUCCGGUACCAUCUGUACGGCGUUUCCAACCACUACGGCUCGAUGGAGAGCGGCCACUACACGGCAUUCUGCCUGAACAAUAUACAUCAAAAAUGGUUCAAGUUCGACGAUUACAACGUGUCCAGCAUCGAUGCGUCGGAUGUGCAAGCGAGCGCAGCGUACAUUCUUUUCUACUCCUGCCUACCCGACCGGCCACAGUCGGACACAGUGCGAUAAGGCGGCCAGUGGAUCGUUGUAUCGGUAUUGUACGAUCACAAACAAUCGUUGCGCAUUGGUUUGCAAGAGACUUGGUGGAAUGUUCAAAAUGAUGUUAACGUUAUACAUAAAUACGACUAUUGUUCGCGCGAAACGAGGGAAAGAACGUAAGCAACGGUAGGGGGGGGGGGGGGGGGGGGGGGGUAAAAAAUGAUAAGAGCUACCACUACCACCACACUACCACCGCCGUAAAGUUUAACGGAUUGGGCAGGAUGAACAGGGGGGGGUAGUCUGGAUCUGGAAAGGGCGAAGAUACACGCUGUGGAGGGCGGCAAGGGUAGACUCAUUAACUAUGCAUCUAAUAUACAUAUAUUUAUAUUGCUAACACCUACAUACUACACACACACACACUGUGAUUGCCAAUCAAAAAAGGGAUAGAAAGGAAUGGGAACUACAGAACCACGAACUAGCCAGGAUUAUGUAGCGAAAUUGAGCCGUUGUAAUAUAAAACCAAUGCCUGUGCA